AUGUUUGAGGACAUCACAAGUGAUGGCACAGAUCAUUGGAAUCCUUCAACAGGCAUACCUCCAUCCUCUAGUGCAGCAAUACCAGAUACCAUUGAUAUUGAAGCCAUCACAGAUGUUGAUUUCUUAGAAGAUCCCCAAGUGCCACCUUCUCCUGCUAUGCCACCUUCUCCUAGUAUGCCACCUUCUCCUUUCGUGCCAUCAACGAAUAAGAGGCUUGGAAAAACCAUUGAUGACAAGCACAAGAAACCUAGGACUACACAAGUGAUGCAGGAUGAGAUUACACAGAUUAAAAACAUUGCUAAGGAGUCCCAAGAAACCGUUCAAUCAUUCAUAAAGAAUGAUGAUGCCACUUCUGUUGCCAGUACCAUGAAUGAAGUGCUUGCUCUUGGUAUUUUAGAGGGUAGUGAUGAACACUACAUAGCAACCGAGUUUUUCAUCAAAAGAGAGCAAAGAGAGAUGUUUCUACACAUGGGUGUUGCCGCACGUAAAGAUUGGCUUCGUAGGAAGUUUGCCAUGACAUGUCAUGUGAUGAUGAUAGUGAUGAUGACAACCAAUAUGAAGUGA